AAAGUCAGCGUGUAAAAUCUUACAUAAAGUUUGAUUUUCUUUUUGAGUUUUGUUUUACUGUAUGUAAGCUUCAAAGAUUAUUCUACAACGACUCAUUCAUUUGAAUGGGUUUGCUGUUAAAUGUCCAGCCAUUAACGUGGGUGACAACUCAUAGAGAGAAUGCUGAACAAGCAGAACACAGGUGAAGAUUUUACAGGCAGACUUUGAUCAGGCACAUCAUUUCUGUGAAGGUGAGCCGAUUCAUUGACGCAUUCAAAUCAGAACUUCAAGAUGAGGAGGAAAAUUAUGGUCUGCAUCUUGUUGAGUCUUUUUCUUUGUGUAAUGAUCCUACACUUGUUUGAAGGUUCAUCAAGACCCUUAAAGUCAAGUGACAAUGCAGAGGAGCAAGGUUCAUCAAGACACCUAAAGUCUGGUGACAAUGCAGAGGAGCAAGCCGGUAUCUUCUCCAACACAUCCCCAUCUUCUUAUCCUUUCUGUAUCAUUGUUGGCUUGGUUGGUGGCAUAGCUGCUGGACUUGUAUUGAUUGUGGUUGUCCUUAUUGUCUGGAAAUGUAAAAAAACUAAAAUCAAGUCAUACAUUUUCUCAGCAAAAAGGAAGGAUUCAUCUGACAAAAAGGAUCAGCUCAGGAAACAAUCCAUGAACACACUAGAAGAACUUGAUGCAUGGGAGGCAGUUUUGUCUCCGUUGACGGAACUGAAGACCGGAGUUGUGAACCAGAGAGAGAAAUUGAGACUGCAGCUGGAAGAAAUAGAGAACGAAAGAGAGGAAAACAAGGGGAAGCUUCAGUUAGUGGAGAAGGAAAUAGAAGAGAGUGAGAAAGAAAAGACAGCUGACAGAACAGAGGGCUACCUGAGAGAAAAGAAAGCCCUUUUAAAUGCUCAGUGGAAACUGGAGAAAAGAAAGGAAGAGGUGGAGAAGCAGCAGCUGAACAUGGAGAAGCUGCUGCAGAAAGCAGAGGACAUGAAUGUGACAAUGACAGACAGGAAGAGGAAAGUAGAGAACCAAAUGGAAGUGAUCAAGUUGUCCCUGGUAGAGUUAGACAGUAAUGAUGAAAACACUCACCUUCUAAUGGUGUAGUAAGAAAGUUCAGUCUGUAGAAUCGGUUAUAAACAAAGAGUCAGUUUAACCAUCAUUAAUGUUUAUAUAUGAAUAAAUACACGAUGAAUGAAUGAAUACAUGAAUGAAUAAAUACAUAGAUAAAUAAAUAAAUAAAUAAAUAAAUAAAUAAAUAAAUAAAUAAAUAAAUGAAUACAUAAAUAAAUAAAUAAAUAAAUAAAUAAAUAAAUAAAUAAAUAAAUAAAUAAAUAAAUAAAUACAUGAAUAAAUACUGUGUAAGCUGCAACUUAAUUAAUCAAUAAAUGGCUGAUAAAGCAUAUUACUGUAUAUCAGAAAGGACCUCUUCACUAUUGUUUGAUUGCAUUGCAUUUAGCAAAGAUUCUUAUAUAUAUAUAUACAUAUUUUAUAAGUUGUAAAUAAAAACGGUCGUGAUGAGUAAAAAUUGGACUUAAAGCAACUAUUUGUAAUAAUCAGAUGUCACUCUAUGCUAAUGACAUUCAGUAUUUGUUUAUUCUUAAUGAAUCUCUCUCAAGUGUAAUUAAUCAUUUUUAUACAUCUAGCUGAUCAUUAACAUCAUUACUGUCUCUAGAACUGACAGCUGCAUGUUUUAAGACUGUUGUAACAAAACACAACAUAGAUGUUAUUUUACUCUUCAUCAUCGUAGGUGAUGCUGACCGCUGGGUGUUGUGCUGUUGGGUAGGUUGUUGGUUUCAGAUACAAAAAGAAAAAUUAUGUAUAUAUAUAUAUACAUACACUAUAUUCAUUAUGUAAGAUCAUACUUGUAUCAAGUCAUUUAACAAUUGACUGUGUGCAACAUUUUCAUUUGUAAGGCAUCAUUUAGAUUUUAGCGUCUUUGUUAUUGUUUGAAUUAAAGAUUUUGUUAUGUUGUA